AUGCGAGACAGGCGGGCCGUCCAGUCUACAACCAUCACCACCCACAAGCCCCCAACUAGUAGGGCAGCUAUAACCCCUCUGUCACCCUCCCGGACGAAGCCACACGCCGUUCGGUACCAUCAGCGCGGCCCACACGCACACGCGCCUGCCUGCACACGUCCGCGCGACCACAUCGAAGCCGACACCUCCGCAUUCGCCGCGUCAGCCCACGACCCACGCAGACGACGUUUCUGCGGAAGCGCCCACUGGAUCCUCGUGGCGACUUGUAAAUAUCCUCCCGCUCUCCUUGGUCGCUUCGCGCGCAUGAGCAUGAGCCAUGAGCGCUGCAACGGGCCCGACACGCAGCUGUCGGCGCCUGCGACUCCCGUCUCUGUUAAUAGUGAACACGAGUCUGACAUGGAAUCCUUGGCCACGACAGUUCCGGAAACUGUUAUGGCAGAGCAGGUCACCAAAGAUGUGGUAAAGGAAGCACAGUCGGUGGGACGUCCCGCGCCCAUCGACGACACUGCGUCAACUACCAGCACCCCCGCCGUCAACGGCGAGACGCCUUCGGGCCCUGCGACUACAGCCUCAGCAACUUCGAAGCCGACUCCAAAUGCGACGGAUGCAGCCAGUGCAAGUACAGCCCCGGCCGACAAUGUACACGUGUCAGACAAGCCCUCCAAGGCAGCGGCAGCGACUACGACCGAGCAGAAGCCCACCAGCGCGCCCCUCCACGACGCUGACAGACCAUUCCUCAACGGUGAUGCGGGCGACGUAGCCAUCGCAGACGCAAGCGGCGGCUCAGACACUGAUAUCAGCCGUCCGGGCAGCGUGGAUCAGUCGAAGCGAGAUGCAAGCCACGUGCGGACGAACUCGAUGAAGAAACCCUCAACCUUCAAGUCCGUGUCGGUCACGAAGAAUUUCCUCAAGUCUGCCGUUGCAGCACCUGCCACCCGGCCCGGCGAGAAAGCAGCACCGCUGGCACCUACAACCACCGCGACGGUCCCCACUGCCAAACCGCGUCUGGUAGCCAAAUCCGGUGCUGGCAAUGCCCCCCGCACACUGGGCAAGGCCAACGGCGCGAGCUCUGGCCCAGACGCGAGCAAAGUAUGGAACAAGAACCAGCCCAUUCCACCUCCGCCGCCGAAGCAGUUUACCGACGAAGAGCUCAAACAACAAUAUGGCAUUCACCUUGCUACGCGACUACAGGCAGACGAAGCUGGAAAGGAAGCGAAGUGGGCCGAUAUUGACGACGACGAGGACGACUGGGCGCCUGACACAGUGCAAUGGAUGGAUGGAACCAAGUCUUCUGGUGCUGUAGCAGAAAAUGAACCACCCGUUCUCGAAGAGCCGAGCACGGUCGCAAAGGCACCCGACCCUGUUUUGGAGACGCUCAAAUCUGUACAGGCGACGACCACAAACAUUACAAAGCCCAGCGUUACCGGAGGUACCAAAACCAUUUUGAAGCCAGGUGCACACGCACAGGCACCGCAGCUCCCGACUGGAAAAUCGAGCCUCGUGCUCAAGGGCCAGCCAGAGAAACCCACGCUAGUCACCAAGCCAUCCUCGUCAGAGAAGAAGUCACCAUGGGCAACGCUGCCUCCUGUGGAAAAAGUACCGCCUGUUCAGAUCAAUCCUCCAGUACAGCAGCCUCCGCAGCGGUUUGCACAACGCGAUUCCUACGGAUACGAUUCAAUGCCCUCGCAUCCUGCCAAAGAGAUUGCUCCAGACGAUUUCAAUCGCACCUGGCGCGACGACAGGGGGGGAUCUGUUCGUGAUCCUGCUUUCCGGCAGCAGCCCGCGGUGCUGCAAAGGCCCUCCCAAGACGGUCACGCGGAGCCAUCUGCUGCUUUCCAGACGUCCAGGGCUGGUGCAGACAUGCCGACCUGGGGCAGACGCCGAAAUUCUUCCAAUGUCAGUGGCAGCAAUGGCCGACGAAUGUCUUUUGACAGACGGCCAACGGACAUGCCCAAUGGACCUAUGGGAAUCGAACGACGAGGCUCGCACUCGAUGAAUGGUGUGGAGCCCAUGGACCCAGCGUCAUCUCGCAAGCCGUCGAUUGCACAAGCAAUUUCGCCUAACGUGGCGAAUGCUCACCCAGCCUCGCCGUUUGGUUCUGUGGCAUCAUCGGGUGUGCAUGAUGUACCCGUCCAUGUCGCCGCGCCGCCGGUAGAAGACCCCGUGGAGGUCCAGAAGCGCCUCAUGACGGACAAGAUUGAGCGCGCCCGGCUCAAGAAACAACAGGAGCGAGAGGCCGAAGAGAAGGAGGAGGCCGAAAGGAAAGAACGUCUUGCAAAGAGGCUGGCAGCCAUGGGUCCGCCCAAGGUGAAAGAGCAGUCGCCCUCGCCCAGAAAGGAGAAGGCUGUACCUGCCACCGCGCAAUCGCCACCAAAGCCUCCUGUCCCGGCGGCCGAUGGUGAGGUCGCACAGUAUGGCAUGAUGAAGGUUCACCAUGCUCAGCCCGUCAAAAAAGCGUCGUCGGCAGAGCCCAUCAAGGCUGCAGCUUCCGUUGAGUCCGUGCACUCCCCUUCACCUGUACAAGCGCACGCCGUAAACGAAGCGCGACCCGCACCUCAACACAAGCAACAAUCUGCGCAGUCGUUCGACAAAUUUGCUCGCGAGACCGAAAAUACGAGGCAGUCGGGUGAACAAUCAAAACCCGCUAUCAGUCAACUAGAAGGCGCUGUUCCCGCAGGACCAAGAUCCCAGGUUGCGCCUGGUUGGCAGCCCACAGCAGCAGCACCGCGACCGUGGACCUCGCAAGUCUGGGGACCACCACAGGCCAAAGAUCGAGCUCUCGGCAACGGGACUUUCGGCUCAAGUUACGACCGCGCUCAAUCUCGAGGUUCCCCUCAGCAGCCUCCUGCACAGUCACAAUCCACACCAACGGCUUCUGUCAACCUUAACAUUGCUCCGACUUUGCCCCACUCACAACCCCCGAGCACCAUGCCCACUGCUCAGCCCAUGCGUCACCAAGCUGGGUCGCUAUCAGCGCAGCCAGCUGGAUCCGCACGGCCGGGUCCUAUUGCGCCGCCUGCUGUCAAGCCAGGUUGGGGCAAUUUCGCCGCGCACAUCGCCCAGGACGACAAAAAUUUGGCGACAAAGGCCAGGCAGGAUAAUGAGCGAUUGACUGGCGCCCGACCCGAACUGCGAGAGACAUACAAAGAUCAGCGGGGUCAGUCGCAAGCCGCAUUACACGAGACCGCCGCACCGAACAAGUCUACCCCGAACGCUGGGGUCAAGAUGGACGAGGCUGUCAAGUCGAUCCAUGAAGGCCAACUGCCGCAACAACCACUUGGUCAAGCUCCCCUGCAAGCUACUGGUCCCCGAGCGUCACGAUUCUUUCCUCGAUCAACUGAGACCUCGCAGCCAACGAUGAUGUCGUCCAUUGGAGGCGGCGCGCAAAGCGAAGCUCCUGUGACUAUGCCUCCACGUGGUAAUCCUGGUCUGGGUGCACGCCCGCUGGCUAUGAACCCUGAAUGGCAGGCCCGUUUCAACAAGCUCUUGGAGAAACCAGGUACAUCUCCUGCGCAAGCUGCACACGCUGCUACUCAACGGUCCGCUGCGGCCGUAGUUUCGGCUUCUGUUUCGAAGACAGGCUCAUUGCCUGUAGCUGCCUCCUCUAAAGCUGCACUCGAUGUACGUGGAAACGCGGGAUUGGCCACUGUUUCGUUACCAAACGCUUCUACUAGACGUAGCUUGGCGAGCGACCGUGGCAGUGAUGUCAUCACACGUAAAGGCACCGAGGUUCUAUUCGAGGACAGAGAAUUUGGCUCGCUUCCAACAGUAAAGCUAUCGAAGGUGUCGCAUCUCGCAGCCAACGAGCCUGUUGUCCAACCUCCCAACGAUGAUUCCGUGCUCAUCCGCUUCAAGAAGAUCGAGAAUCCGUUCACUCAACGUCGAUUGGAGACCUUUGACCUUGAGCGAGCUGCCCAGAAAGUUGAUGUAGUCAUCCGCAUCAGUACCAUGCGUGAAGGCAUCGUCAAAGCUAUGCCUCGAGCACGUCGCGGGCCAAAGACUAGCAUCCAGUACAACAAGCCGAAGCGUAACAGCAACGUCCCAAAUGGAAGUCCUUCAAGCAACCCGAAAGAUCGUUCACGCAAGCCAUCACAACAAAGCCAAAACGAUCGUCCGAGCAGCUCAGCUCGUCCCUCCACUACCAACGCCUGGACCAACAACAACCGAUCAACCCCCGGUUCGACACCAGCCACUACGUGGGCUCGACGCGCUGCAGCUCCUGUUCACUAA